AUGGCGCUCCUAAACUCGCUGUUCGAAAAAGUGCCGAAGAAGGACGGGACCGACCCGGAGUCAGCGUCAUUUCUGCCCAGUAAGGACAACUCCGACCACGAGCAGGAGGAGGAAGCUACAGUUCCCGGCUCGUGUGUGACGCCGGCGGCGGAGAUGGAGAGAGACCCGCUGGGUCACGUGGUGUCGGCGCACACCAUCGCGGACAUCAUCCUGGACAAGACCACGGAGAUGCCGCUGACGGUCGGGGUGUUUGGCGGGUUCGGGUCGGGCAAGUCCUCCUUCCACGCCGCUAUCAAAAAGGAAGUUCUGAAAAGGACGUCGGUUGUUCAACACUACAAAAAGAAGAUAGACGAACGAGGGGUCAUCAAGAAGGGGAACAAGAAGGAGGAGCCAAAGAACCUUCUGGAUCGCAUCGACUUCUACCUUAUCCUGUUCUGCUACACAGCCAUGGUUUGUUUGUUUGUUUGUUUGUUUACUUGGUCGAUUAUCACGGCUACCAUCAUGAGCGGACUGAUGUUCCCGCUGGCCUUCUACUACCUGCUCGCCGGCACGCUAACCGCCGUGUUCCCCAUCGGGGUUUACUACCGGGAGUACGUGGGCCAGCUGGCCCGGUUGGUGGCUGCCCGCCUCCCGGCGCUCUUCGCCAGGUCCAGCCCGAUGUACCACAUCCUGCGCACCUACCUGGACAUCCAGGUCAACCAGCUGGACAAGAAGCUGUUACAGGAGCCGCCGGAGACACGAACAGAUGUGAUUUGGGUGGAUUUUAACGCCUGGGUUUUUUCCGGCUGCAAUGUAUUGUGGGCCGGCAUCGUCACCAGGCUGUGUGACGAAGUCGAGGCUCAUAUCGGGGCCAACAACGUUCGUUUGUUCCGCUCUAUACAGGCAAAGGCGGAAGCCUCGGCUGCCCAGCCGAACCAGCGGAUCCUGUUUCCCCAAUGGUUCCGUCUGCUUGCGACGCUGGUCGUUGGCGUCGGACUGGCGACUCUAGCCGCGGUGGGGAUCAACCUGCAGGCGGUGGCGCAGGGCCAGUUCCCGCCCGGGGUGGUCGCGCUGGUCCCGCUGCUGGUGGGCUUGCUCGCCAAGGGGAAGAGCGCCGUGUCGUUCGGCAGGAGUAUGGUGAAGUCCCAGUCCGAUAACAUCACCUCACUCAUGGCGCAGCAGGGAUUCGCAGAGCAGCUCGGAUUCAUGUCUGAGGUAAAGAAGGAGAUUCAGACGGUGAAGUCGCUGCUGGCGUACCUGGAGAGAACCACCAACAUCCGGUACCGGAUCGUGGUGGUGGUGGACGACCUGUCAGACUGUCAGGAGGACCGCGUGGUCGGCGUGCUCCAGGCGCUCAAGGUCCUCCUGUCAGAUGAGGACGCCAACAUCAUCUCCAUCCUCUGCGUCAAUUCUGCACAGGUAGUUAAAUGUGUUGAGGGGAGUCUGAAGCAGCUGGAAGACUCCGACACCAGCGGGUACAAGUACCUGAACGAGAUCGUGAACUUCGCGGUGUGUCUGCCGGAGCCCGGGGUCGUCGCCAUGAAGGAGGUGCUGGCCAAGGCGACGCCUGGAGAAGUUGGACAGCAGCUGGCGACCCAGAUGGCGGCGGAGAAAGCUGCAGCUGCCCCUGCAGAAGAAGCUGCAGGUCCUGACAACGUGUCUGUUGCUGCAGCACCUGCGGCCGAAGGAGAAGCAGCAAAUGUCUUGCCGCUGCUGCUGGAUGCACUGAAGAACGGUGACGUCAUGCCUUACAUCAAAGGCAACCCGCGCUACAUCCGGGACCUGUACUUCGUUCUGCGCAUGACGGCCGGCGUGGUGGAGUACCAAAUGAAGCUGGGCGAAUUUGAUACUGAGGACUGGGACAAGCUGGUAGCCUGGGUAGUGCUGGUACAACAGUGGCCGUACCAAGUCAGGUGGCCGUACAGGUCCAGCUGGAUCGUCCUUCACGCUGAAGACCUCGAGCUAAAGGCGGUCAUGAAAAAACGGGAGAAGCUGAGCGGCUGCGUCGAACAAGGACCAGACGACUACAUGGACAAGAAACUCCUCGCCAUCUUUAAGUCCGCACAGGAGAAGCAGAAGGAGCUGGAGAAGAAGGGAGAAGCCUUAAAGAGGUUGAACUCCUUGGAUGGAGACACUGAACUCCUUGAACUGUUCCUUCAGGAGUUCGACUUUAGUGUGCAGGACAUGUUCGACCUCCUCCCCGUCACGACAAACUUGGACUCUUCCAUCAAGAUGGCGAUCAACUCUGCGAUUGGCCAAGCGUAA